AGUAUUAUUUCGCUCUCUCUCUCUCUCUCACCAUCAUCGCAAAAGCUCUUACACUUAAUUGCUGUUGCUGUUGCUCUUGUUUGUGGACUUGGUUUCUCUGCUAGGAAAGUUGAGAAACAGACACAAGGUUGUGACCUCCAUUCAGGGCAUGUAUCUACUACAGCUGAACCCAUUUGCUGAGAUCAUUAGGCAACGACGACAAAUAGACAGACAGGCAGACGGACAGAACCCCAAGGGUGUGAUGAAUCAGUCUUGAAAAAUCUGAGAAGCGAGAGCGAGUGUGAGAGAGAGAGAGCUGCGCAAGUUGGCGUUUUGAUGGGGUGUGGAGGUCUUGUAGCAAUGACGAUGGUGGUUCGCGUUGUGGGUUUGUUGGUGACAAUGGUGAUAAUGCAAAGUGGUGGUGCGACAGGGGGGGUGAGAGAGAGCUUGAUCAAGCCUGUGGUGGAGAUGAGGUGUGAGUCCAUCAAUGGAACUCGGAAACGUGAAUUUGUGACACGGGCGAUGAGCUUCAAGCCGGGGACGGUGCACAACUUGUUUUUCUUCGUGGAUGCGCCGGAAGGCAGGUUUGCCACGCGCGAUUUCCUGGCGGAGAUGGUCUUGGAGGACGCCACGACACCCGUGCCUCUGUAUGAUACUUAUCUUCAUCACUGGUUGAUGUAUGAGUACGCCGUGCCGAAGAACGACAGCGAUGCUCACAAGCACGAUCUGAUGGAGGAGCUUCAGAGCGAUCCCCUGGGACAAUUGAAGGUGUCGGCGAGGCACAAGGACAGGAAGAGACUGACGGAGUACCCCGGAGCCCCCGAUACUUGGUUUCUAAUUCAGCAGUUCGGAGUAGGCGCGGAGACAAGGCACACCAACACUAAAAUGCCUGCUCCAUAUGGAUUCGAGGGCGGUGAUCGGUUCGGCGAGGAUUAUGAGUCCGUGUGGGUGUUGAAUGUGCAUGCUAUUGACACGCGUGGGGCGAUUUCCAGGAUGUCCUGCACAGAAUGCAGGUGCGAUGUGUUCGAUUUCAAUAAAACCGGUGCUGUGAUCCUCCCAGAAGGAUAUCACGGAGGUCUUGCCUGCUGCCAUGACGAGACUCAUUGUCUCGUGAAGAAUGAGUUCCAAGGAGAGACCGGGAUGAAGCUCGCGAGGAACCUUCGAUUCAGAUAUACAUGGUCUUGGACACCAUGGGACGAAUGCGUCCAGCCUCUCACCAACGUGCGCUUGGACGUUACUGAGAUUGGGUUCGGGGAGCAACUAGAGUACGAAGUCGGCGCUUGUGAAUCUAAUGACCCCAAUGACGAAGUCUGUAUUGACACUAAAGUCUCCUACCAGAGAUCACCCGUAAGUGGACCCUUGAUCUCUGCAGUCGGUCACUUUCAUGCCUCAGGUAUUAGUGCAUCCAUUUGGAGCAAGGACGGCACUCUUCUCUGCGAAUCUUUGCCCAUUUACGGCCAAGGACAUAGCGUUGGAAACGAAUCUGGCUACGUAGUUGGAAUAACCUCAUGCUGGCCACCAGCUGACACAGGGGUGCCAUACUACAUCACCAAAAACGAGAUGCUUAAGUUUGUUGUGAAAUACUCCAUGGUUGACGGACCCCACACUGGUCUUAUGGGGCUCAUCAACUUGAAGAUUGCCACUGGCAGAACCGGCCUUGUUUGAGAGUCUGUUUGGUCUGUUCCCAACUCGGGCUUGAGAAUUUCAAUACAAGCAUCUUCUUUCACUUUUUGGUAUUCCGAUGAGAGUAAUAUUGCCGCUCGUAAUUUAUGUCAUUGAAGUUCGAAGUGCAGAGAUUCGCCAAGCUUGUGUCGUCUCGUCUGUUCGGUGGCAGGAGUAUUUGGCACUUGCACAAGGGGAAGAUUCUGUCUGCUGCUUCAGCACAAGUGUCGGUAUUCAUGAAAUUGCACAGGAGAUUAAAGCUUGUAAGGUCCUAUUACACGAUGCGUACUGGUUUGGUUUCUGUGGAUUUUGCAAUAAAACCUGGUUGUUUUAUUCCCAGUCUCGCUUCUUUA